GCUGGACUUGGACUGCAAAUGGUGCUGGCGAGCAGCCUGUUUGCUGUGCUUGAUGACAAGCUGCUGGGAAGUUGUGACUUUCACUUUCCCUUUCAAAUUCCUGGGUAUAUCUGGGAGGCCGGAGAAUGUGUCUGGUUAUUACACAGGUGCACAGCUGGAGGCAGGAUCCACACAGCUCCUUGCUCAGUCUCUGUCAGAGGAAGAUUCCUUGGUGCCUUUGGGGUGUCUUCCAGGAACAAAAUCCCUUCCCGGAAUUGACCAACCUGCAGACUCACCCAUGGAGUACACACUGUGUCCUAGUCCAGCCUGAGGGGCAGUAUCCGGCCUCAACCGCCCAGCAGAGGCUCCAGACAGGGGUGGGAGCCAGGCCAACAAUGACCAAGGAGGAUGGGAUCCUGGGUGCAGCUCCUCACAAGUAUCGGGCGUGUCCGAGGCCCCAGCUCUCUCUGCCCUGGGCUGCAUACCAGGGGCAAGACCUUGUCUCAAAGAAUAAAGGGUUAAGAAAAACCUUCCAGUCUGAACAGUGGCUAGAGAGCUCCAAGGAAAGCCCCUUGGUAACCCGGCCGCUGGCACCAUGAAUCCAGAGAGUAGCACCUUUAUUGAGGAUUCCCUUAAGUAUUUCCAAGACCGAGUGAGCAGAGAGAAUCUGCUACAACUGCUGACUGACGGUAGAGCCUGGAACGAAUUCCUGGUUGCUGCUGGACUGUCCAGGGAUGAGGCAGAUGUGCUCCGUAAAGCUCUGAACAAGCUUGUAAGUCACAUGGUCACGAAGGACAAAAACCGCCAUGAUAAAGACCAGCAGCACAGGGAGUGGUUUUUGAAAGAGUUUCCUCGCUUGAAAAAGGAGCUUGAGGAUCACAUAAAGAUGCUCCGUUCCCUCGCAAACCAGGUUCAGCGGGUCCACAGAGGCACCACCAUUACCAAUGUGGUGGCCAACUCUAUUAGCACUACCUCUGGUGCCCUGAGCCUCCUUGGCCUGGGUCUGGCACCCUUCUCUGAAGGACUCAGUCUUUUGCUCAUGGGCACUGGAGCGGGUCUAGGAGCAGCAUCUGCUGCGACUGGGAUUACCAGCAGUGUCGUGGAACUAGUAAAGCAAUUGCGGGCACGAAACCAAGCUCGCAGCUUGGACCAAAGCAGCACCGAUGCAGUGAAUGUGGUGAAGGAGUUUGUGGGUGGGAACACACCCAACUUUCUUACCUUAGUUGACAGUUAUUCCACCUUCACACAACGCAUUGGGAGGGACAUCCGUGCCAUCAGACAAGGCAGAGUCAACCCUCAGUUAGGAGCAUAUGGCCCAUCCCCCCAGGUCAUUGGGCGAAUCUCAGUUGAAGGUGGUGAACAGGUUGAGAGGGUUGCUGAAGGCCCCGCCCUGGCAAUGAGCAGAGGAGCCAUGACCGUGGGUGCAGCCACUGGAGCCAUCUUGCUUCUGCUGGAUGUGGUCAACACUGUGUAUGAGACAAAGCACUUGCUUCAGGGGGCAAAGUCAGAGUUAGCUGAGGAGCUGAAGAAACAAGCUCAGGACCUGGAGGGGAAGCUCAACGUUCUCAUCAAGAUCCAUGAGAUGUUGCAGUAGGGCCAAGACCAGUGACCCCAGAGCAGGUCAGCCACCAGGGAAAGUGUGCCUGGCACAGGCCAGGACAAAAUGCAGACAUUUUAUUAGGGGCAUAAGGAGGGCAAGGUAUAAUUUAUGGAAGUGAGUGUUAGUGACUUUGGCAUUUCUGUAGCUGAGCACAGCAGGGGAGUGGUUAAUGCAGAUGGUAAGUGCACCAAGGAGAAGGCAGGAACACUGGAGCCAGGAAUAAGGAAGGAAAGGGGACUGGAGAGUGCAGGGAAUGGGAAGAAGCAGUUUACUUUAGACUGAAGAAUAUAUUGGGGGAGGAAUAGAGGGGAGGUGUGCAGGAACCAGCAAUGAGAAGGCCAGGAAAAGAACCAAAAACGCAGAAAGUCAAAGAGUUAGAACUGUUGGAUACAGGAGAAGAAACAGCGGCCCCGCUACAGACCCACCCCCAGGUUUGACGUCCUUCCAAGAAUGAAGUCUAUCCCUGGUGAUGGUCACUCUGUCUUUCCAGCAUCCUCUCUCCCUUGUCCUUCCGGGGCUGUGUCUCAGUCAGCCAGUGGCUUCUUGAUGAUGGUUGUUGGGGUGGUUGUUGUGUGAUGGGUCCCCUCUAGGUUACUAAAGAGUGUAUGUCCUCUGCUUGAACCCUGAAGGGCAGGUGGUGGGCCAUGGCCACGGUCCCCAGCUGAGGAGCAGGUGUCCCUGAGAACUCAAACUUCCCAGAGAGUAUCUGAGAACCAAUCAAUGAAAACAGUCCCAUCGCUCUCACCCGAUAAGUAAACAGUCAGAAAAUUAGCGUGAAAGCAGCUUAGCAUUGGGAGGAAGCGCAGAUCUCUAGAGCUGUCCUGCCACCGCCCAGGAGUGACCUGUGUGUAAGUCCUAAUAAACUCACCUACUCACCAAG